AUGGACGACGAGGAAAAGCGAAUGAGCGAAGUCGAGCAGCUGCCGAACGCGAGACACUGGCGAUUCGAAACCGAAGCCGAUAUCGAGCAUUGGUGGCACACAGAGGUAUCAGAUGUGGUACUCGCCGCCUGGCAGAGAUACCCAGCCAUUGUUCAGACAGACCACACAGCUCCUCUGGGGGACAAGAACAUUCCCGAGAACGUCGACUCCACGUACGCCAUGUACCUGGGUGGUUCAAGAAUACCCGUGAUUAUUGGCGAAAUGAAGCGGAAUCUUAUUCGGGUCGACGCAUGGUGCCAGGGCAGGAUGAAUGAAGCACAACAGAGGCUGGCGCAGGAGCUCCGUGGCUACGCAGACAAAUAUCAAUGCCCUCAGGUCUUUUGUUGGGAUGACCGGACGCUGCUUAUCCUCCAGUUUCGAGCACAAACAGCCAACGAGAUUCGCGAUGAGAACUGCAAGGUGGAUUGUUGGAUCUUGCCGCUGAACACAAGCAUCUGCACGUUUCGCUAUGCGCUCUAUCGGCUCAUGGUGCAAGGGCUCAGGCGAUGCCAAGUAGGGACUCCAGGUCCACUCACCGUCGGAGGAUUGACCGCGACUCACCGCGAGUUCUUCUCUGGGCAGCCUAUCUGGUCGCUCAAUGGCAAUCCCAGUUACACUCACCCCGGCGGUUGCUCCCGUGUCGUUGAUAAGGAAACGGGGGCUCUGGGAUGGGUGCAUCCCGAGCAGGAUCCUCAGGGCGCAUGGGAAACAGGUGCAAUCUGA